AUGGGCGUGGCCAGCGACGGAUGCACCAAUGAGAUGAGCCACAUUAUCUGCGUCUUUGUCCGUCAGGAGUCUGAAGAACGCAUCAAGUACCAAUAUAUAGCGUACGCGGCAGUUAUCAUACACCUUUCCACCUACUUAGUCCCAAUAAUAGGUCGGGGCACGCGACAGGACACCGUGACAAAAGCACUGCACUACAAACCAUCAUUACCAAAUCGAAGAAAAAGAAGUCAAAGCCAGCUGCCUUCCUACUUCCUUUCCUUACAAACGUGUAAUACAAGAUGUUCGUAUUGUAUGCCGGAGGUCAAUAUAACCGCGUUCAUUAGAAACCAGUUCCAAGCAUCUGCCGAGGGCGGCGCGCGGCGUCUUCCGUUGCAUUGUGAGCGCACAGCCGUCUGCGCACGCGCCGAUGUUGCAAUUCUACGCUGA